GUUCGGGCCGAUCGGCAUCACGAAGAUCGCUUGAUGUCUCUGCGUUCGUUCCUAUGGAGUGGACUGCUAUGUUUCCUUGUGAUGAAAGUGGAUGCUAAGCGAGGAUGCGCAAUGACACAAGACUGCCUCAACCCCAACAACACACCUGACUUCAAUGAGUGCAUUCCCAAAGCUCUCGAACAUGUCGCUCCACCACAGCCGAUGUCUGGCACAGGAUGGGCCAACGUGACUGGCGGCGGGACAUGCGUGUCGGAUGCAGACUGCCACAAGGGGACUUGUGUCGACAGCACAUGCCAUUGCAAGGUCGAUGGCGUCACGGCCGGAGCGCACUGCGACGACUUUGCCAUCCAGUGUCCAGAGUACAAGGCUGACGCGUGUUGCUCAUGGCAGCAGAAUCGAGCGCUAGCUGCGAAUUUCAAGCUGAUUUCGAGUGUCUUUGGAACAGCCGGCGGCGGCUGCGAUGCCUGGUACGUGACCUCGAUCGUCGUCGCCUGGCCCUUUCUACAUGCGAUGUCUAGUGCGGCCAACAUCAUGCAACUCUGGUGCGGCCUGGUGUGUUCGCCAUCCCAAGCUGACUUUAUGGACAUGCACUUGCCAUAUCCAAGUAACUCGUUCCGCCAAGACCCCAUGACAGGCGUCGACCAUGUCAAAGUGCUCGAGGUGAACGUCAACCUGUCGACGCCGUUCACGUGUGGGUUGUUCGACUCGUGCAAGAGCACGCCACUGGUGUCAGUGACCGAUGCGCUCAAAUCAUCCGUGGGAUUCCUCAGCUACCAGGCGCAGACGGGCAGCAUCGGCCACGGCCAGUACAUGUACCUUCGCUUUGGCCGCAACGACACUUCGUACUUCCACCACGCGAACCUCCAGUGCGACAACUACACUCAGGUGCGAGAACCCACGGUGCUGGCAGCCCUGCCCCUCCAAGCCCAACUCCUGUCCACAAUUGCGGACGCCGCCGCGCCGGCGCAGUGCCCUUGCUCGUCCUGCAGACCCACAUGCAGCAACGCACCGUCCAACUCGUCUACGCACAUCACCUUCGUGUCCAACCCGAUUUCGAUCUGGGACGGAUUCAAUGUCACCCUCGUAGCUGGUGUGUACUCUGGCAUUGCUGUAUUCGCAGCCGCGUUGUAUUGGCUCUAUCGACACCGUUAAGCACGUGGUGGCAGCAGCCCUAGCGGAAAGUUUGGUUGAAUAUGCAUUAUUACCAAGCUAGCGUUACUGUAUUCAAUUUAUUUACGUGAAGGAGAGAAUACAUACAAAAAUAAUACUAUAUGUAUGAUACUAGAA